UCUAGCGCUUCUUUUCGCCAUUGCCACGCAGGUGGUCCUUGGAACAGGACUCAGUUACUCCUCAUGAGUUCAGGUUCGUCAUACUGGAAAAGGGGGACACUGAUAUUAUCCUCCUGGGUAUCAUCAUGCAUCAUUUGGCUUCACACCCCAUGUGACCCCUCAAACUUGGCUAUCACCAGGAUAUUAUUCGGCACGAUGAUGGUUCUAGACCAGCCAGCAGAACGUGGCCUGUCUUUCGUUGAGGAACGCUGGGGUGACCCGAAAGAGUGCCGCUUUCCUCUCUUCGAGUUCAUCCGACCGCUGUCCGUGGAGGCGAUGUACACCGUACACGUCGUGAUGUUGCUCGGUGCGUUGGGAAUGGCGACUGGCAUGUGGUUUAGGCGAAGUUGUCUGGCUUUUGUUGUUCCCUAUUGGUACCUAUUUUUACUGGAAAAGUCACGCUGGAACAAUCACAGCUAUCUCUAUGGCAUUUUCACGAUGCUUCUUAGCACCACAGGUGCACACAAGUUGUGGUCCUUCGAUGCAGGAAGGAAGCCUAACUCGUGGAAUACACACGUUCCGAAGUGGAACUACUUGCUUCUACGUUCACAGGUCUUCCUUGUGUACUUUAUCGCGGGUCUCAAGAAAAUAAACCGCGACUGGACUGGUGGAUUUUCCAUGUCGGGCCUCGGACGGCACUGGGUCUUUGAUACGUUCAGGUACCUCCUGUCUGAUGAAGAUGUCGAUUUCUACAUCAUACACUGGGGAGGCUUCUUGUUUGACCUAACAGUAGGGUUUCUGAUGAUGUCAUCGAUUACGAGAGCCACAGCGCUGCUCCUUUCCUUCCUUUUCAAUGGAAUGAAUUCCCAAAUGUUUCGAAUCGGUAUGUUUCCGUACGUUAUGAUUACCCUGUCGCCGUUGUUUCUCAAUUACGACUGGCCGAAGCAAGCGAUCGCGGCAUCUCCUGCAUGGGCGAAGAAGGUUCUGCCUCGAGUUACUGCCGCCGCUCAGAGCGUUGACUGUUUUUAUGCCAGGAAGACUGAACCUCGCUCGUCAACAAAAGAUGCUCACAGGGAAACGUCGAUUCCAAGAAAGUGGAAAUGGACAUUUCUUUUCUUAUGCUUACACUGGAGCAUUCAACUUUCGUUGCCGUAUUCCCACUGGCUGACCAAGGGCUACAACACGUGGACAGAAGGCAUCUACGGUUACUCUUGGGACAUGAUGGUGCAUAAUUGGAGACAGGUUCACGCGAAGGCCACGGUCUUCGACAGUUCGACAGGAGAGACCCGGUUCAUUGAUCCCAGCAAAUUUACGGCAUCUCUACGGUGGUAUCACCAGGCCGAUAUGGUGAAGCAAUUUGCUCACUGCGUUGAAAGGAGACUGAGGGACGAUUUUGGAAUGAAGAGCGUCCAGCUUUACGUCGACGUCUGGAUGUCGCUGAACGGCCGCUUCGCGCAAAGAAUGUACGACCCGACGGUGGAUAUCUUAAAGGCCAGUUGGUCUCCCUUUAAAGAAGUGUCAUGGGUGCUACCUGUGUUGACCAACCUGAACGACUGGAGGUUUGAUUUCGAGAAAAUAAUGAAAGAAGUCACGAACGACUCUACGCUGUCGAAUGUGAACGUCGAAUUUGUGGCAGACUUUCCCGGAUUCUCCCUCGUCAACUACCUCGAUGACAAGUUUCAAAACGUUUCUCUGAAAGUCCUCAGCGGCACAGUAUCGUUCCGUACGCAGUCAGAUGAAGUCGAGACAGUCUUACAACGUGGAGAUGCCAUAACCGUCCCGACCAGUGAAUACCACAAGGUUACCCCACUGAAGCACUCGAUAGCAUGCUACGUCUACGUGUUCACGGACAAUGUGCGACUAGACGACAACGCCUCACCUCUUAAUAUUGGCGGACAGGGAAACAACACCACGGCUAAGCAAAAGAAGCCGAAUGACAUCGUAUAUUACUUCGGUGAAUACGUAAACCAAUGGAAAACAAGUUUUCAGAGGUUAGGAGGCCUGUUCCGAGAACUAGCCACAUCCCUGAACAAGUCCUUCGGUUCUCUCUGCACGUCUUGCAACGCUUAGCUGAUAUGACUUCCUUUAAGACGUGUUUAUCGCUUACAUGCUCUGU